AUGUGUGCUAAUUCUUUUAAGCAAAACCAAAAUUAAAACAAUCCUAAUUAAGUACCUUAACAAUUCUCUUACAUUCCAGACAGUCCAACUUUCAAAGCUUAGAAAAAAGUAGAAUAAGAACUUUUUAAACUAAGCGUUAAUAAAUAAAGUAGCACUUAAUCGGAUGUCGAAAAUAUUACUAAUAUCUAUAUAAUAACUAAUGAAAAAAAUAAUCUCCCAUAGGCUAAUUAAAACAAACUUCCUAUGGUUUCAAAUUUUACUAUUAUUGAUAAUGUUGAAAAGUAUGAAUAUGAAAAACCAAUAAAAGUAUCAUAACCAUCUAAGAUCUAUUGUUAAUUUUGCAAUACAAGAAAACCAACCUAAGUAUUAUUUAAAAAUGGAUCAAAUACAUAUAUUUUAGCUGGUAUUUUAUUCAUAAUUAUUCUCCCUUUAUUUUGGGUUCCUCUUAUAUCCAAAAAAUGCAAAGAUUAAAUCGAAAUCUGUGUAGUUUGUAAUCGUUAAACAAACUCUAUUCCAUUUAGAUUAUUUUGA